AUGUCUUCUCCACAAGAGGCUACAAUGACAUCAUCCUUAGAAAGUAACUAUUCUGGAGGGGUUCUAGGGCCCUCUGUCCAGGUUGCCACACAGAAACCUGCUUAUGCUUCCCAGAUGGCCUCUAGUGUCUCGGUGAAGGUCCCAUCAGGUCUGUCCCAGCUCAUCAGGAUCCCUCUGAGCAUGUCCACUGAAUCUGUGGAUGACAUGUACUAUGGCUGCGCCCACAAGAUGCUGAUCAAAGUGAAGCGUCACUAUCUCCAGAGCAGCACCAAGGAAGGUCUUCAUUCCACAUACACCAAACUUUGUGCCCUAAAAGCCAUGGAGAAUAAAGACCCUUAUGACCUGCUGUCCUGGGAUCACUUCAGGGCCCUCUGUGCCUACACAGCUGGGUCUUACGACGACUUAAACCGGGCAGUUCGCAGAGGGAAAGUUUCCUACAAAACCUCGUUUAAUUUCCAUGCCCUCCACUUCCUGCUUUCAGACGCCAUCAGGCUCCUCAAACUCAACCUGAGAGGCUGCAUCACCUGCUACAGGAGAAGCAGACUGCUCUUCAGUGGUGAAGCUGGACAAACAGUCCGCUUUGGCUCCUUUGCGUCCAGCUCCCUCAGCAAGAACCUGAGUCAGUUUGGACGGAGGACUUGCUUUGAGAUCCACACAUGUUUUGGUGCCUAUCUCAAGUCCUACUCUGAGUUCGACUCAGAUGAGGAUGAGGUGCUGAUUCCUCCAUAUGAGAUGUUUCAAAUUGUGUCUGUGGACACAUCAGGACAGAAUGAUUUAAACUGUGAUGUUUUGUUCAAGCUGGAGACUGCCGGAAUUUACAGCAGUCUGAACUGUCAGGCUGUGGACCUGGUUUAA